AUGCUGGGACCAUCGCUGCACUUCGCGAUGGUCCCACUUCGAUUCCAACUGUACCGCUUGCACCGCGCCGCUUCGAGGGCAACUGCACCCGGCUUUCUGGCGUUUACAUCCGAAUAUAUCUGUGAAAAGAAUGGAUGUUUCAUCGUUAGAUGCAACGAGAAGUUGUUUGGAAAUGGUGCAUUAAAUUUUGGUACGAGCAUUAUGGCAGUUACGCUUCAUUGUCUGGUUUUGAUGCUGUUACUCAAUUCCAAACCAGGCAACAUUGUCAGAAAUCGAUUGCAAAAGGAACGUAGAGAAAAUCCCAACAAGAAAGGAAAAGGAAAAUAG